AAGUCUCUCUUCUGGAAUGAGAACAGAGCUGAGAAGAUUGCAGUCAGUGGGUGUUACCAGGAACCACAUACACCCAUCAUUGUGUGACCGGUGGAGGAGGUAACAGUGUCCCCCUCCUACAGUUGGAGAGAGAGUCAGCAAAGAAGGCACAGCCAGCUCAGCCAGCAAGGCCAGCAGGUGCUGUUCAAACUGUGAGAACAGAUUGCAGAGCAUACCCUCGGUGACAGCAGGGUGACACAUCGGUUCUGUCAUUGUUGGAUCCUGAGACAAAAGGGAAAAUGGCUUCCCAAGACCAAAAGGCCAUCACUCGCAGAGCCAAGGUGGCUCCCACCAAGAGGAUGAGCAGGUUCCUGAAGCACUUCACAGUGGUUGGGGACGACUACCACACGUGGAACGUCAACUACAAAAAGUGGGAGAACGAAGAGGACGAGGAGGAGCCAGCCCCCACAUCGGCCCAAGGCGAAGGCAGUGCCGUGGGUGCAGAUGCUGAGGCUGGCCCUGUCCCCACACCCAGGCCGACCCUGGACUUUCGGAACAGGCUGAGGAAACUCUUCAGCUCACACAGGUUUCAGGUUGUCAUCAUCUGCCUGGUGAUCCUGGAUGCCCUCCUGGUACUUGCUGAGCUCCUUCUGGAUCUCAAGAUCAUUGAGCCAGAUAAGAAAGACUACGCGGUCAAGGCGUUCCACUACAUGAGCUUUGCCAUCCUGGUCUUCUUCAUGCUGGAGAUUUUCUUUAAAAUCUUUGUCUUCCGCUUGGAGUUCUUUCACCAUAAAUUUGAGAUCCUGGAUGCCACUGUGGUGGUGGUGUCGUUCGUCCUCGACCUCGUCCUCCUGUUUAAGAAGCAUCAGUUUGAAGCUCUUGGUCUGCUGAUCCUGCUGCGGCUCUGGCGGGUGGCCCGGAUCAUCAAUGGCAUCAUCAUCUCAGUGAAGACACGCUCAGAACGGCAGAUCUUAAGGCUAAAGCAGAUAAACAUUCAACUGGCCACCAAGAUCCAGCACCUGGAAUUCAGCUGUUCUGAAAAGGAACAAGAAAUUGAGAGACUCAACAAGCUGUUGAGACAGAAUGGACUUCUCGGGGAUGGGAACUAGCCUUCCAGAAGCUCUACCCUAGAGAAGCUGGGUGGUGGCCAGAGAGCAAUUGUGUGCUGCCAAGUCCAGUCCUCAUCUUUGCCUUGGCUUGCGCUCCCUGGAUGCUGGGGACACAUCUUUGUCAGCUCUGCUGCCUCUUCGGUGUGACCCAGAGCCACCUGUCCACGCCCUCCUCCUGCAGCAAAGGAAUCAUAGCCACCUUUUCUCAGCGGACUCUGCUGUUGCUUGAAAAUGGACAAGGAAGCUGGCUUGUAAAACUUAAUGCCAUCGCUCCUCUGUGUGUAGGGGACCAGCACAUCCUGAGAAGGACAGAAGCUGGCACUUUGCACCAGCCCAUUCUAGAAAACCUUUCUUAUUUCCUGCUGCACCCCUGGGGGAGCCAUCCUGGUGCCCAGCCCCUCCUGGGCAGCACCCAGCUGUACCAUCAGCUUCAAACUGGCUCUGCACCCACCACAUCUCUCUCAAUUACUGUGCAAUUAAUGUAUAAAAUAAGCGCUCUCCUUCCCCUGGGCCCGCCUACCACAUUCUCUCCUUGGUGGCAGCCCACACCAGCCCACCAGUUAUAGAGCUAGCUCACUGCGGGGGCGGGGGGGGGGGCAGACUGCCCUGUAAUUAGCAUCAUAUUGGGGUACAAUGCCCUCGUGGGCACACAUUUUUACACAGCCUCUUGCUGGUUUGUACUUCUCAAAAUGCUGAUGGGCAUUUUGAAGACAACUCCCGACAAAUAGGGGAUAAUGCACUGUGGAGGCCUGUGACCUGUGUGUGCAGGGUGCUGGAACCCUGACCCAACCCCCUCAUUCAGCAGAGUGCAGUUCCUGGGAGGAAAAGGAGGUGGAGGGGCAGAGUGCUGGUUUAAGGGUAAUGAGCAACUGGGUUGGUGUCCGCCAGAGCCUGGGCCUGGGUGCCCACUGCUGCAGAGGGAAGACCGUCAGGGUGGGUACUCACUCCUGCAGGUCCACUUGUAUCACACAAAUGGGAAGAAGAAGCUGAAGGGCAGCCUGGCGUUGAUGGUGGGUGGGGCUCGGAAGCCUGCCUCUGCAGGGGCUGACACGUCCACAAAUGUCACUGUAGUAGAAAUGACAAUCGUCCUCUCAGGCCCUGGGAGGGGCUGGAAUGGAAAGACAGAACAGGCUCGCUCAUCAUCUUCCUCACUCAGCCACUCUCACUGUCAGCUUGAGGCCGGCAGGUAUGCAGAGUUAGCGGGGCACAGCGCAGCCGAGUGCACAACGCUCCAGGCUGAUCCAGCAAUAGCAACCAUGGCUCAGUUUCACAAGAAUUGUGACCACAAAGAAAACCCAUCAGUGAGUUUUCCCCUCUAAGUACAAGUUAAAGAAUGAUUUUGAAAUUGUUCUAGGAGUCAAAAUUACAGUCAGGCAUGAUGGCACUUGCCCGUUAACGCUCAGGAGGCUGACGCCAAAAGUCACAAGUUUGAGACCAACCUGGGUUACAUGAGAAGAUCCUAUGUCAAAAUACCAAAUCCCACCAGGCACAGCAGCACUAGCUAGCUUCCUGUCCCUGAACAUGGGAGCUAUGACGUGACCCUGUCUUUAAAAAAAAAAUUGAAAUCCAAAAAGAUAUUAUAAUCUCUCAUACCAAGUAAUAAACUUUUCCCGUCA